UUUUGCCCUUUCUUGAAAGGCGCAGACCCUUUGAUUCGCCCUACACGUAGAAGCCAUGCCUGCAAUAAGCAAUACCACUUCCGCUCUUCCGAACACUAAUAACCAGGAUUCAAACCAUACACUACCGGGAUGGCUCCUAGUCAUAGCAAUGCCACUUUUGGUUGUGAUGGUUUUGUUUCUUAUAUGUAUUCCCAGAUUAUACGAGUUGGCGAGAUAUGGCAGGAAUGCACGCACAGAAGGGUCUAGCAGCUACCCGGGACCUGCAUCGAUACAAUCCACCGGCACUGAAGCCAGAGAUUUGCCUCAUCUAGAUGAUAUUGCUCCCUCAAAAACAACCAAAGAGAUGAGGCGUGAGCUUGCAGACGGAGCGCACGUCUCUUGGGCGAUGCUGACUUCGGACAUUACAUGUUCCAUCUGCCUACAGGUUAUUCAGGAUACUGAUAUGGUUCGUCGCCUGGCGUGUGAGCAUACUUUCCACUCAGAGUGUAUUGCUACCUGGUACCUUGCGAAACAUGAUACAUGCCCCAUAUGUGCAUUUCAUUUUGUAUCGCCUAAGCCUAUGCUGCAGAGACCAAGCCAAGUGCAUGUAUAAGAUCAUCGGGCAGGUUGUCGCAGGGUGGGCAUGUUCUUCAUGGCCUCAGGAAACAACUGC